AUGAAGAUCAAAACACUAUUAAUAAAUGUUAAUGAUAUCUUUAUAUUCUCACCUUAAUUAUUUAUAAUUUAAUUCAAUUAAGAAUUAAAAAUGAGUUAAUCCUAAAAUUCACAAAUAUCUUUAUCUCCCCAGAAAAAACAGCAAUAAUAUUUUCCAGCCAUUUAUUUAAAAACCACAGAAUCCCCUUAAAAAGGAUCAAUCACAAAUUCUAAUUAUCUUUUUUCAUAACACUUAUAGAAUAAAGUCAAUAACAGAAAGGUGAAAAGAAACAAAGAAUUAUAGCUAGAUAAGGCUUAUUCAAUUAGAAAGUACCUUCAAGUAAAUUCUACGAUACAAGGAGAUUCAAAUAUGUCCCAUUCGAAGAUUUCACAGAAUAUUUCUUUAACUGAAUAGAAAGAUACAAACAUAGAAACAAAAUAUUCUUUAUCCCCUUUGAAGCAACUAUGCAAAAUCGAAGAGACUUUGAGUGUAAAAAGUAUUAAAGUUUAUAAUAAUUUUUAGAACUUUUAGAUAUUAAUUAUACUUAACCAGACAUUAAUAGAAAAUAUUAAUCUUAAGGUUCAAUCCAUAAUUAAUGUAUACUUGAAUUAGACUAAGAACUAGAAGAAGGUGAUCAAAAGAAUUCAUUAAAAGUUAAAGAUUAAUUAUUAAUCUCUCCAAUUUCAUAGACUAAUUUUAAAGAAAUUUCAGAAAAUACCUAAUCUAAAUCUCAAUCUCCAAAUAAAAAUAAUGUAAAUGAAAUCAUAAUAUUUUAGAUUGUUUUGAAAUUAAAUCAAUAAAAUAAAGAAUAUAAAAAGUAUGCUUCUUAAAUGAUUCGUAUGAUUAGAAAUACUUAAUAGAUCUUAAUAAAGGAUUUUGAUUAAGAUUAAUUGGAAUUUGAUAGGGAAUUAAAAUUGAAAAAAAUUCAAAGAUAAAGAGAAAGAAAAGAAGCCUUAUAUACAGCAUAAGAUGGAACAAAGAAUAGAUAAUUAAAAUCGAUGUUAAUGGCAUUGAAAGGAUCAUAAGAUAAAAUGAUAUCUGAAUGCCCAUUAUUCUUAAAUAUAGGAAAGAAACUUAACUCAUAGAACAGUUAAUCAACUAUUCUAAGUAGAAAAUUAUCCCAUUAAAAAAAUUAUCAGCAAAUCCCAUUUGAUAAAUAAUUUGAUGACAAAAAUUUUCGUAAACAUUCAGUAAAGUCAGAAAUAUGCAGUUUAGAAACCUCUUUAGAAUUACCACUAUAAAUAUAAAAACUCAUGUGA